CUCACUCUCAACGCCCACUCGAUCCCCAUCUCACCACCAUCACUCCCCACCACUUGCUCGGGCGGCGCUGCAGAGAGAUCGAUCGGCAUCGGCCAUGGGCAAGGCAACGGCCACCACCGUGCUCGCGCUCGCGCUCUGCGGCGCCGCCCUGCUGCUGCUGGCCGCGCGCCCGCUGGACGCGGCGGCGUGCAACCCGGCCGCGCUGAGCCCGUGCGGCGGCGCGCUGUUCGGCGGAGCGGUGACGCCGGGGUGCUGCGUGCAGCUCAAGGCGCAGCAGCCGUGCCUCUGCCAGUACGCGCGCAACCCCGCCUACAGGAGCUACGUCAACGGCCCCGCCGCGCAGAGCGUCGCCAAGGCGUGCGGCAUCCCCAAGAUGAAAUGCUGAUGAGAGAGCUCCUCUGCCGGCGCGUCACCGGCCGGCCGCCGGCACGCCGUACACCGUUACUACGACGGCAGAUCGACGAUGGUGAACGUCUAAAUAAAAGGCCACGACGGCGAGCUCUAGCUUGAGCUGUUUGUCGCCGGUCGCCAACUCCGGCAGCUCGUCAGCUAGCUUAGCUCAGCUUUGAGCUUGUGUGUUAUGCCGGUUAGUUUGGUUGUUUUCGUAAUGUUGUUGAGUUUUGUUUCGUGCGAGUAAAGUUGUGUUGGUGUCCUCUA